AUGAUUUUGAACUCCAUCUUCACCCUUCUUUUUAUAGCGCCAUUGAUAGCAGCUUCGAACUCAUUUAUUGCAGUCGAACGACGCCAAUAUGUCGAAGCCAACGAUCUAAACACUGGAAACUGCAAGGACACCAUGUUCAUUUUUGCGCGUGGGUCUACUGAGGUUGGCAAUGAGGUGGGCAUCUCUUCGGGUUUCCAACAACUAGCAAUACUGAUUUUCCAGGGAACUGUCGUUGGACCUGAAGUCUGCGAUAAUUUGAAACUCCAACUUGGAGGCAAGGUCGGAUGUCAGGGAAUUGGCGGUGCUUAUACUGCUGGUCUGGCUGAGAAUUUCCUCCCACAAAACACGGCACCCCAGGAUGUUCAGGCCGCAGUAGAUGUGUUCAACAAAUGCAACACAAAGUGUCCCAACGCAAAGAUUGUUGCUGGUGGAUAUAGCCAAGGAAGCGCUGUCAUCGAUGAUGCAAUCCAGAAGCUAGACUCAGAAGUCAGGGACAAGGUUAAGGGCGUUGUCCUGUUCGGUUUCACUCGCAACCUGCAAGACAAGGGUCGAAUCCCGAACUACCCCAAAGACCAGACUAAAGUAUAUUGCGCCGUAGGUGACUUGGUCUGUGAUGGAACUCUCAUUAUUACAGCUGCCCAUCUCACCUACGGUGCCAACGCUGGAUCGGCCGCCCGAUUCUUGGCUUCCAAGGUGAAAUGA